AUGGGUUAUUGGCUUAUUGAGCUUAUUGAGUGUGUGUCUAUAUCGGUGUAUGUGGCUGGGUUAAUUUGUCAUCCUCCGCACGCGGAGGCUGGCGUGGGUCUGUGUGCCUCCGCCAUCCUCCGAAUGCGGACCUCCGCACGCGGAGGCUGGAUGCAAAGGCUUUCACCAGCCUCCUGUGCAGAGGCUGGGCAUCUUAAUGUUGUAGUUGUUUCAUCACCCGAAAUAGCGAAAGAUGUAUUGCAAAAAUACGGUCAGGUCUUCUCCAGCAGAAGUGUUCCUGGUGCAGCCAUGUCCAACCAACACAACAAAUUUUCUAUGGUGUGGUUGCCGGCGGAAGAUCAAUGGCGAAAACUUCGCAGAAUAUGUAAAGAACAGAUGUUUUCAACGCUUAGGCUUGACGCAAGUUGGGACCUUCGGCUGGAAAAGUUGCUGAAAUUGGGUGAUUUUGUGAAUCAAUGUAGUGUUAAUGGGCAGGCUGUGAAUAUUGGUGAAACUGCUUUCAUUACAUCACUUAAUUUGAUGACAGCAACUCUUUUUUCAGUUGAAUUUGCAGAGUUUAACUCUGAUUCUUCUCAAGAGUUUAAGGAAGUUGUUUGGGGUGUGAUGGAAUGUCAUGGGACUCCUAAUAUUGCAGACUAUUUUCCAGUUCUCAAAUAUUUAGAUCCACAGGGAAUUUUGCGCCGGAGCAAGUUUUAUUUUGAAAAGUUGUUUGCAAUAUUCGAUGGCAUAAUAGAUGAACGGUUGAAAUCAAGAGGUACAUCAGUGAAGAAUGAUUUACUGGACGCUCUCCUUGAUCUAAACCAAAAACCUGACUCUGAAUUAAGCCGAGAUGAUAUAAAGCAUCUUCUUCUGGUAUGUAUCCUGUUUGCCUAA